AUUCUUCGAAAGAAUUGUAAGUUAGUGAUUGUUGGGUGAAAAGCGGAAACAUGCAUUUGUAACAAGUCAUUUUAAGUAUACAAACCCCUUUACUCUAACUCAUAUACUUGAUAAUGUGAUUGCUACAACUUCAAAAUGCUGCGAUUAUAUAUUUCUGGUAUAGUAUGACAUUAAGUAGAUUUCCUCUUCUUUCUGAAACUGCUGAUUUUUCCGACUUCAUGCAUUUUAGUUUUUGAAUCAACAUUUUUCAAACCACGAAUGGCAAUGAUGUCAAAAUGUUUGUUUGAGUGUAAUGUUAUGGCGCUUGUUGAUUGAAAUUGUUACCAAGUUUAAUGUUGUUAUCCCGUCUCCUGGUAUAUCAUGCCUGAAAAUUCAAAUGGACUCAAAUGUCUUUAUACCCGUACGUAAAUGCAAAAGUUGACAUGGACGGGAUCACAGGAACCAGCAGUAGUGUCGACUCCCCUGAUCCGGAUCAUGUCUUAACAUACACGGUACUCAAAGAAUCAACUGCUUGUACGGAAGAAAAUGCUUCAACUGGCAUGGAAACAAACCCCGAAUUGUACUAUGUUUCAUCUUGGUGUGGAAAAUUGGAUAGUAAUCGAAACACUGUUGAAGAAAAUGGCCUUCUUUGUCCCUCAAAUAAUUUUCCUGCACAGAACACGAAUACUUCAGAUAAAGACGGGAAUGAAAGCAUGGAGAUGGCCCUUGUCCCUCGAAAGGAGAUGACCCUUGUCUCUCGAAAAGCAUUUAAGGAAAAAAAGCCUCUAACCAAAAAGACCUGGCGAGGACGCCUUCUUCCUACAGAUGAAAAACCUUGGCGAAAACAAAAAUUCAUUGACAAAUGGACAGAUGAGGAAAAAUUCAAGGGCUGGUUGGCUCGUCAUCCAGAAGAUCCAACCCUAGCCCGAUGCAUGUCUUGUAACCAAGAGCUAGUGGCUGGAAAAAGUGAACUUAUCAAACAUUCUCAAACUAGAAAACAUAUUAAAUCAUUACAGAAUUUUGACUCUUCAAGCAUUGAAGUAGAAAAUAGUUCUUCAAAAGCCAAUCAACCAAUGCUUGUGUGGGUGCUUAAUGAUCAGGAAUGUCAGCAAGCAACUACAGAAGUAAAGUAUUUAUCUGGGUUUGGAAGUGAUCUGACUUCUGAAGAUCCAAGAUGUGCAAAUUCAUUGCCUUGGGGUCAAAAUAAUCCACAAGUGUGUCCUUAUGGUUUGUAUGCUGAACAACUAUCAGGAACAGCAUUUACAGCACCUAGAGAAUAUAACAGGAGAACAUGGUUCUACCGAAUAAGACCAUCUGUUGUUCACGACCCUUUUGAACGUCUGAAUUGUGGAGAUCUGACUCAUAAUUGGAACGAUAAUGAACCUAAUCCUAACCAGAUGCGGUGGCUACCAUUUGACAUUCCAGAAAGAGAACUGGAGCAAGUUGAUUUUGUAGAGGGUAUAAAAACAAUUUGCGGAGCUGGUGAUCCUAAAAUAAGGCAUGGAGUUGCUAUUCAUGUAUAUUUAUGUAAUGUAUCGAUGGAAGAUAAGUGUUUUUAUAAUGCAGAUGGAGACUUCUUAAUAGUUCCACAACAAGGGAGACUUACUAUAACUACUGAAUUUGGUAGAAUGUUUGUGGAGCCAAAUGAGAUUUGUGUGAUGCAGCUAGGAAUGAAAUUUAAUGUUGGAGUAGAAGGGCCUAGCAGAGGUUAUAUUCUUGAAGUGUUUGAUGCACACUUUAAUUUGCCUUAUUUGGGACCUAUCGGUGCAAAUGGUUUAGCCAACCCUAGAGAUUUUUUAACUCCUGUGGCUUUAUAUGAGGAUCGAGAAGUUGAAAAUUACACAGUAGUUAAGAAAUUUCAAGGAAAGCUAUUUGCAGCUCAUCAGGGACAUUCUCCUUUUGAUGUAGUAGCAUGGCAUGGAAAUUACGUUCCAUAUAAAUAUAAUUUAUCUAACUUCAUGGCCAUCAAUUCAGUUUCCUUUGAUCAUCCUGACCCAUCCAUUUUCACAGUGCUCACAUGUCCAUCUACACGUCCUGGUAUUGCAAUAGCUGAUUUUGUAAUAUUUCCUCCUAGAUGGGGUGUUUCUGAAGGAACAUUUAGGCCGCCUUAUUAUCACAGAAACUGCAUGAGUGAGUUCAUGGGACUAAUUUUUGGAUCAUAUGAAGCAAAGGAAACAGGCUUUCUUCCUGGUGGAGCUACUUUGCAUAACAUCAUGACUGCACAUGGUCCUGAUGCUGACUGUUUUGCAAAGGCUUCAACUGUGAAGCUUGGCCCUGAAAAAGUUGCAGAAAAUAGUAUGGCCUUCAUGUUCGAAACGUCUCUUAGCCUUACUGUUACUAGUUGGGGUGAAAGGAGAUGCCAGAAACUGGAUCCUAAUUAUUACAAGUGCUGGCAAUCCUUAAAGAAAAACUUUGACCCUAACUGGAAAGCAAAUAUGUAAGGUGGUCCAGUUGUAUAUAUCAUGUUCUGACAUAGUGUGAUAACAUAAAGGCAUCUAUUGCAAUGACAGCACGAGAUCAAAGGACUUAAUUCUAAUGAGCUGUUUUUUAUCUUACUUGGUUAAUCCAAGAAAAAAGUUUUAUCUCCAAUUGUUAUGCUUUUUGUUAUGACUAUUUGUACAAAUAAACUAUGUAUUUUGAUAUAUAAAA